AUGUCGCCCAAAAACCGGUCGCCGACAGAGAAACCGGCUCCAAAGUCCUGGACCAAAACUCUGACCAUCACAGCCGUUGUCGUGGCUCUUCUCUCGGCUGUUUACCUUUACUUGGAUUCCCAUUUGGAAUGGUUCUAUAUCUUUUCUCCUGAACAACUGAAGGAUGUUUCUCAGAGGGCAAUUGCUGCUCAUGGCAAUGAUACUACUAGCGUGGUGAAGUACAUUGUCGAUGAGUUGAGUGAGAAAUUGCCAGGGGGAUAUGUCAAUUUGGACGAGGAGUGGAUCUUCAAUAAUGCUGGUGGUGCAAUGGGCGCCAUGUAUAUCAUCCACGCCAGUAUCACCGAGUACCUCAUCAUCUUCGGAACAGCUAUUGGUACAGAAGGCCACACAGGCCGACACACCGCAGACGACUACUUCCACAUCUUGGCCGGCACCCAGCUCGCCUAUACCCCAGGACCAGGCUCCUACCUCCCAGAAGUCUAUCCCCAGGGCAGCGUGCACCAUCUCCGCCGGGGGACUGUCAAGCAGUACAAGAUGGACGAAGCCUGCUUCGCUCUCGAGUACGCACGUGGCUGGAUCCCUCCUAUGUUGGGCUUUGGAUACGCCGACACGUUUACUAGUACUCUUGACUUCCCGACUUUGUGGAGGACGAGCUAUGUCACCGGGCGUGAGAUGAUCAAGAAUCUGCUUAUGGGGAAACUGUGA